AUGCAUAAUCUUGAAAACAAAAAUACAGCAGACAAUGAAAAGAAAGAAAGCAGAACGUUUAUUCAAACAAUAUCUUGCCGAGAAAUUGGCGAAGAUUUAAACUUUUGCGAGUUCAGCGAGGAAAAACUCGAAAAACAUCUUGCCAAGUUUUGGUUCGCUGCCAGAACAAAGAAUGGGCAAAUAUAUAACAUUGGAUCUCUUGAAACUAUCAGAUACAGUUUGAACAGAGUUCUGAAACGUUAUGGCCACAAAUUCGAUAUAACCAAGAGGGAAUGCACGGCAUUUACUGCAAGUAUCAAAGCCUAUGAAGAUACAACGACUGAACUGAAACAAGAAGGAAAGGGAUUCACAAAGAGUCACGCUGCUGUCAGCCCUGAAGGUAAAAUAUAGCAAUAAAUUAUAGUUACUACAUUUAUGUCAACGUUGUGCAUUCCUUUUUAUAUGCAACAACAGAAAUUCCCUCAAUCCUAAUUUCAAACUUUGAUAUCACUUUAGAGUUGUAUGACAUAUAUCAUAGUCGACAUCUUGACCCUGAUGCAGGACCAAGAGCUCUUCAAAACAAGGUUCAGUGGGACAUGCGAUUCUAUUUUGCACGCAGAGGAUCGAAGAACAUGUACAAUAUGACGAAGACAACAUUUACCAUCAAAAUGGACGAAAAGACAGGUAUGCAGUAUGUUGUAAAAGUUGAAGACGAAACUACAAAAAACCACAAGCAAAACGAACAUGACAUUGUAACUGGUUAUAUGCCUGCUAUAAACGAUGACAAGUACUGCCCUGUAAAAAGCUUUAUUAAUUACACUCAAGCCCAUCCCCCAGACUCUGAAAAGUUGUGUAUUUCCCACUAA